GGAGGCAGGAGAGUGAAAGUGGGGAGGCAGGCAGGCAGGCGUGUUGCAGCAGAUGGCUUCACCAGCGGCGGCUGCAUCGAGGAACUCGCUGUUGGACACGAAGCAGAGGGAGGAGCUCCGGAGAGUCAGGGCCGGAGAAAAGAGACAGAGUGAGACCUCCCCCCUCUCCUCCUCCUCCUGUGCAGACACCCAGGAAGACAUGUCAGCGUGAGCACUAAGUUCCACAGCCGAGAGGAGCAACAGUUGUGCGGAGGAGAGGAGCGUGAGAUCUUCUUCCUCCUCCUCCUACUCCUGAGCCGUGGUGGGGGGAGGACACCUGCUGACCGCGAGGAGGUCCCGAGGAGGAGGCGCAGCAGAAGGAGAAGUUGCGUCAUCUCUGCGCCUGAUUGGCUGACGGGGUCGAAAACGUAAUGGCGGGCCGACUGCUCCUCUUGAUGUUUGUCUCUGCGACGCUUGGCCACGCCCACUUCCCAUCUGGCCAGCGUCUGAAGCCCCGCCUCCAGAGGGACCGCCGCAACAUCCGGCCGAACAUCGUCCUCAUCCUGACCGACGACCAGGACCAGGAGCUGGGCUCCAUGCAGGCCAUGAACAAAACCCGGCGCAUCAUGGAGGAGGGUGGGACCUCUUUCUCCAACGCCUUUGUGACCACGCCCAUGUGCUGUCCGUCACGCUCCAGCAUGCUCACUGGGAAGUACGUACACAACCACAACACCUACACCAACAACGAGAACUGCUCCUCGCCGUCAUGGCAACGGCAGCAUGAGCCACGCAGCUUUGGGGUCUACCUCAACAACACAGGAUACAGGACAGCGUUCUUCGGGAAGUACUUGAACGAGUACAAUGGCUCCUACGUCCCCCCCGGCUGGAGGGAGUGGCUCGGCUUGGUGAAGAACAGCCGCUUCUACAACUACACAUUGAGCCGCAACGGGGUGAGGGAGAAGCACGGAGCGCAGUACCCCCAGGACUACUUCACUGACCUCAUCACCUCAGAAUCCAUCCGGUACUUCCGGUCCUCUAAGCGGCUCUACCCUCACCGGCCCGUGAUGAUGGUUCUGAGCCACGCGGCACCGCAUGGACCCGAGGACUCGGCCCCGCAGUACAGCACUGCCUUCCCCAACGCCUCGCAGCACAUUACUCCCAGUUACAACUACGCCCCCAACCAGGACAAGCACUGGAUCAUGCGCUACACGGGCCCCAUGAGGCCGGUCCACAUGGAGUUCACCAACAUGCUGCAGAGGAAGAGGCUGCAGACACUGCUGUCUGUGGACGACAGCGUGGAGCAGCUCUACAACAUGCUGGUGGAGACGGGGGAGGUGGAGAACACUUACAUCAUCUACACCUCCGAUCACGGGUACCACAUCGGACAGUUCGGCCUCGUCAAAGGUAAAUCCAUGCCGUACGAGUUUGACAUCAGAGUCCCAUUCUUCAUUAGAGGACCCAACGUGGAGCGAGGCACCAUUAACCCUCACAUGGUGCUAAACAUCGAUCUGGCUCCGACCAUCCUGGACAUCGCCGGCCUCGACACGCCUGCAGACAUGGAUGGGAAGUCCAUCCUGUCCCUGCUGGAGACGGACAAACCUGCCAACAGGUUCCAGGUGACAAAGAAACAAAAGGUGUGGAGGGACUCCUUCCUGGUGGAGAGAGGGAAGUUGCUGCACCAGCUGGUGGAGAGGAAGGAGGUGUCCCAGGAGGAGAACUUCCUGCCCAAAUACCAACGAGUAAAAGACCUCUGCCAGAGAGCAGAGUACCAGACAUCCUGUCAGCAGAGCGGACAGAAGUGGCGGUGCGUGGAGGACGCCAUGGGGAAGUUUCGGCUUUUCAAGUGUAAGCAUGAAGGGGGCGGGACUAAAGGCGUGGCCAGUCGACAACGUCCAAUGAGCGUGAAGUCUCAGCUGUACCGACGGGACGCCAAUGUCGGCUGCGACUGUGACCCACGCAACCUCCGACCUCCGAACCUGAGACCCUUCAACAAGAAGCCGUUCUUCUACAAGAAGAAGGUCAAAGCUCUGAAGAGUUACUCCAGGAACCGCUACAGCCGCUCCGUCGCCAUGGCCAACAGUUACCCUGGCAACCACAGCUUGGGGGGCGGAGCCAAGUGGCCUCGACCGACAGGGAACGGCUCGGAGGAUGAGUUCAGCGGGAUGGGAGGAGCUACCGAAGGGAUGGCCACUCCCACCUCCCACAAGGUCACACACAGAUGUUCCAUCCUGCCCAACACCACAGUGAAGUGUGACACCGGCGUGUACCAGACUCUCCAGGCCUGGAAGGACCACAAGCUGCACAUCGACCAUGAGAUUGAGACACUGCAGACGAAGAUAAAGAACCUGAGGGAGGUCAGAGGUCACCUGAAGAAAGCCCGCCCCCUGGAGUGUGACUGUAAUAAAUACCUGUACAAGUACAAACUAAAGAACAAGCUGAGGUACAGAGGAGUCGGAGGACACCCCUUCAGGAAGGGCGGGGCUCGGGACAAGAAGGCGUGGCUUCUGAAGGAGCAGAAGAGGAGGAAGAAAAUGAGGAAGAUAAUCAAGAGGAUCCGAAACAACGACACGUGUUCCAUGCCGGGACUCACAUGCUUCACCCACGACAACCAGCACUGGCACACCGCACCCUACUGGACUUUGGGUUCGUUCUGCGCCUGCACCAGCGCCAACAACAACACUUACUGGUGUCUGAGGACCAUCAACGAGACGCACAACUUCCUGUUCUGUGAGUUCGCCACCGGAUUCCUGGAGUUCUUUGACCUCAACAUGGACCCAUACCAGUUGAUGAACGCCGUCAGCUCUCUGGAUCAGACCGUCCUCCAUCAGCUCCACGUCCAGCUGAUGGAGCUCCGAGGCUGUAGAGGACACAAGCAGUGUAACCCACGCACACAGGCAGGAGGGCGGGACCACGGCAGCUUUGAUGACUACAGGAUGUUUGAGAAGAGGAAAUGGCCAAGAAUCAAGAAGCCUUCAUCAUCUCGAACCCUAGGUCCGAUCUGGGACGGCUGGAAGGGCUGAGCCUCCUGAUUGGUCGGAGCAGGUUCCUGACUCCACCUAUAGCAGCCUGAAAGAACGGGGCGUGGUCUUUGAGAGGGGCGGUGACGCCCCUUGCCCCAUCAGCCAAUCAGCUUCUGCCAUUUCUGUGACAUCGCUCGGCCAUCCUCACCCUGCUGCUCAGGGAGACAACACGCUCUUCAUCAGCUCCUCAUCAUCUUGCUUAUUGCUCCUCCCUUCUCCUUUUCCUCUUGUUGCUAUAGUUACUAAACUGAGACAAAGGCGGACCAACUUGGAAUGCUGUGACAUCACUGCUGGUGUAACUGUGAUGUAAUUUCUUCUAUAAUUUUAUUUUUUACUGACGACAGAGCUACAGGUGUACUAACCCGGCGACUGACUACAGUACCCACAAUGCAACACGGCAGUCCUGAAGAAAUAUGAUGAACGAGAACAUUUUGAUGUGAAGUAAAAAGCACGAAACAAAAAGAUGCACUUUGAACUUUGGACUUUUUGAUGUCCCGUGAGCCAAUGAAAAGAGGACUACGUGGUGUCAUCACGCUCCAAACCUACAGCUGUUCAUCGCUUUAAGAGAGCUUUCCUGUUGAAGGUCAUCCCACUUGUCACAUGACUGAAUCCGUAUUUAGUUAUGAUGAUGAAGAAGAGGAGACACCAUCAAAACAACAUGAAACUUUAGUUGAUUACUAACAUUUAGACCAUUACUUUUUGUUUUACUUUGUUGUUACUUUACUUGUUUCAUUUCUCUUAGAAGAUAUGUAAUGGAUGAAAAAUCGUUUUAUUUAUUUAUAUAUAUAUAUAUAUAUAUAUAUAUAUAUAUAUAAUGUAUUCGUAUACAUACCUUAUUCAUGCACGGAUGAACACCAGCAAGUCAGAAAAGAUUUAACAAAAGAUUUGAUGAUUUACAAUUAUAAAAUUGUUCGUAAACAUGUAAAUGUUUUUCAGGAUUAUUAAUAAUCAGCCUUCAUCGUAACCUGAAUACUCACAGUGAAAUAAGUGUUUCAUGUUGUGUACUGCAGCGUACAAAAUACCCCAAAUGUGAUUUUAGUGAACAAUUCCUCCCUGACACAAGCUGUUCUUAAUUAAACGUGUCCCCCCUCCCCCCGUGUAAAAAGUGUUAUUUCUAAGGAAGUGGUAUGUGUUUUUAACCCCUGAAUGUCCGUACCUCCGCGGUGCUCCUGGCUAACAGCUGGUUGUGUUGUUGUAUUUGUGUUAAUGUUUACGCACACAGACACACACUCACCCAGUUGAUUGGAGGAUCCAGGUGAGACAGGAAGUGUGUGUGCCUCUAGUUGAUUCUUAUGUAAGACACCUGUACAGCCCCCCCCCCCCCUUUGUGAAUAAAGUGUCCGAUGCCAAAAUGUA